UUUUCUUUACAAAGAUUUGACAAAUUUCGCUCAAAGCUGUUGCUAAUAAUAAUCCAGGAAUUUGGAUCAAAUUACAAAAUGAGCCAAGAACAGCCGCGGAAGCCCGAGGAUCAAAAGGAAGCCGUGACAUAUGGGGACGUGUUUCCCGUUGUCCAGGGCGGGGAGCUGGCGGACAAGUUGGUGGCGCCCAAGGACGCCGCCAUCAUGCAGGCGGCUGAGAAUGCGGUGCUUGGGAAGACCAUCAAGGGCGGUGCAGCCGCAACCUUGCAGACCGCAGCCAGGCAGAACGAGAAGGCGGGGGUGGUGGGUCCCGAUGACAUGAAUGCCAAUAUUGUUACAGGAGACGAGGGCGUUAGCGUAAAGGAGGCUGAUCUCCCGGGACGCCGUAUAAUAACAGAAUCAAUCGCUGGACAGGGUUCGGAUUCAAAUACAAGGAAUGUAGAUCACGAAAAGCAAAGGAAAAUCUAUAAAUUGGUUGAGGCUGUGGGGCAAUACAGCCAGAGAGCUCCUUUGGCAGCGCCUAACACCAUUCAAGCUGGUGGGGCUGGUGGUCAAAUCACCAUUGGUGAAGCCCUGGAAGCCACUGCUAUGACAGCUGGACAGAAACCGGUGGAGUGGAGUGAUGCAGCUGCAAUUCAAGCAGCCGAAGUCAGAGCCACUGGCCGAACCAACAUUGUACCCGGUGGUGUGGCGGCCGCAGCUCAGUCGGCCGCAACCCUCAACGCUCGGGCUACGAAGGACGAGGAGAAGACGAAACUCGCCGACAUUCUAGCGGAUGCUACGUCAAAAUUGCCAGCAGACAAACCAGCGACACGUCGAGAUGCCGAGGGGGUGACCGGUGCAGAGAUGAGAAAUGAUCCGUUUCUGACUACACACCCAACGGGCGUGGCAGCUUCGGUGGCAGCAGCAGCUAGGCUCAACCAGACCAAUAGUAACGAAAUGCCAAAAUAGCUUGCAUAAGAAGUCACUGCUUUGUCUGAGUGCUUGUAUUUGGGUUUGGCCUAGAACUAGCAACAUAAGCGUAUAUAAAGGGAGGGUUGGUUUGUCACUUUUACUAGACAUGCGUUGUUUUUCAAUCUAGGGGGUGAGAGGGCUUGUGCUUUCUUCUAAAACAGAGGGGCCCUUUUUCGUUUGGGGCCAUUGAUGAAUAAAUGACCUAGUGUUCGUACGAA